CCUCGUGUGCGCUGAAUGGUGACCCUCGAGUCUCAGCACCCCGCGUUGUGCCUAAGACGAACUUCUGACGAGGCGCGGUCCCGGCCGGUCCCGGCAGGCAGUGGGGAAGGCGGUCCAAGAGCCAGGCAGCGUUGCUGCUCCGGCUCCAGCAUGGCGGCGGCCGUACGAGUUGCCGGCUGUUUCCCUGCACUGUGUAGCAUACCGGCAGGUCACUUCCUGUCUAGGCAGCUCUCUCUAAACACCUUCUCAGCAGCAGCUUCCGUUCUGACAGUGAAGACCGCUCUCAGUCACGGCGCCUUGUCACCUAGGGGAGCAGAAACCAACCACUGUCUGGCCAGCUUGAGCCAUGCGCUGCAGACACAGUGCUGUGUUUCCUCUCCCAUCACCUGGACGGGCCAGCAGAGCAGGCCCUACAGCUUCUUCACCAAACUGACCGCAGAUGAACUCUGGAAGGGCGCCUUAGCAGAGACUGGCGCCGGAGCAAGAAAAGGCAGAGGCAAAAGAACAAAGAGGAAGAGGAAAAAGGAUUUGAACAGGGGCCAGAUCAUCGGGGAAGGACGUUCUGGUUUCCUGUGGCCUGGUCUGAAUGUCCCUCUUAUGAAAAGUGGAGUGGUCCAGACCAUUGGCCAAAGAAGCAAAGAAGAGCAGGAGAAGGUGGAGGCCGACAUGACCCAGCAGAGAGAAGAGUGGGAACGGAGGAGGAAGGUCAAAAUUAAACGGGAGCGCGGAUGGAGUGGAAGCACAUGGGGAGGUGUCAGUAUUGGCCCCCCAGACCCGGGACCCAAUGGAGAAACAUACGAAGACUUUGACACCAGGGUUCUCGAGGUAAGAAAUGUUUUCAAUAUGACAGCAAAAGAGGGAAGAAAGAAGUCCGUCCGUGUGCUGGUUGCUGUGGGGAAUGGAAAUGGGGCUGCAGGUUUUGCUAUUGGGAAAGCUGCUGACCGGGCAGAUGCUUUCAGAAAGGCAAAGAACAGAGCAAUUCAUUAUUUGCAUUAUAUAGAACUGUAUGAAGGCCAUACAAUAUUCCAUGAUAUUUCAUUAAGAUUUAAAAGGACGCAGAUCAGGAUGAAGAAACAACCCAGAGGUUAUGGCCUCCGCUGCCACAGAGCCAUUAUCACCAUCUGCCGCCUCAUUGGCAUCAAGGACAUGUAUGCGAGGGUCACAGGGUCUAAGAACAUGAUCAACCUUACCCGGGGCCUCUUCCAUGGGCUUGCUCGCCAGGAAACCCACCAACACCUGGCUGAUAAGAAGGGUCUCCACGUGGUGGAGUUCCGGGAGGAAUGCGGCCCUCUGCCUAUUGUGGUGGCCUCCCCACAGGGGGCCUUGAGUAAGGAGCCCGAGCCCGAGCCUGAGGUCCCUGACACCAAACUGGACUGGCAAGAAGUAAAGGCCAUGCAGGGAAUGAAGCGCUCAGUGUGGUCUGGGCUAAAGAGAUCUGCCACCUGAAGGUCGCCAGCCUGCCCAGCAGUGCCCGGUGCUAGCCAGCACCUGAAAAGACUCUGUCCUACCCCUGAUGUGCUGCCUUUUCUUCUUUUUUUUUUUUUAAAGGAAAGUCCUACCUUCUUUGUUUUCAAAUAAAUAAUUGUAGAUUUUAUUUAUUGAGCACAUGGUAUAUAGCAGUCAGUGUGAUGAGACUGUUAUGGGCAAAUACCAGGAGCAACUCAUUCAUUUAAACUAGUAAGUGUGAGUGAGAUGGGAGAAGCCAGUAGACCCAGGCAGUAGUAAUGUGCACAGUGAUCAUUGCUGUGAUAAUUAUAGGUAAUUAUAUUACUGAGUCAUCAAAAAAAAGUGAAUGUUUUCUUUGAGGACUCCCCCUCAAUCUUUGGUCCUUAGCAGUUUCACUGUGAUGUGCCUCGCUGUGGGUCUUUGGAUGCUUUUUCUGCUUGGUGAUCUCUGAACUUUCUGGCCUUUGAUGUCCAAUAGUAACUAGGAGCAAAUGUUGCCACCUCAAGGACCUUCAUCACUGUAUUCCCAUUAGUUUCCUCACCCCUUUUUCUUGUUUUAUAGUUCUUAGAUCCAUCCUCCCUCCUCUUUUCUGCUUUGUAAGUUUCUCUUGAUGUAUCCUCCAUGUUUGGUCCAGCAGUAAGCCCAUUUAAAGAUGCUCUCUGUUUCUCUUGCAGCAUUUUGGGUGUUAUGUUUUGUUUGUUCACUCAUAUUCUGAGACAGGGUGCAGUGGUUAUAAUGAGAAUAGUCCCCAUAGGCUCAUGUAUUUGAGUGCUUAGUCCCCUUAGUGGAACUAUUUGGGAAGGAUUAGGAAGUGUGACCUUGUUGGAAGACGUGUGUCACUGGGGUGGGCUUUGAGUUUUCAAGAACCCACACCAGGCCCCAUCUUUAUCUCUGAUGCCUGUAGAUUAGGAUGUAAGCUUUCAGCCCCAUGCCUGCCCGCCUAAUGCCAUGCUUCCUGUCAUGGUGAUAAUGAACUAACCCUUGGAAAUUGUAACCAGUUCCACAAUUAAAUGGUUUGUUUGUUUGUUCUUGGU